CCUCCUCCUUUGGUUGAGCCCGCAUCAUCCUGACUGGCCCUGGCCGCUGAUCGCAAGGAGCGCCCAGCCCGCACAGGGACGGAUGAACCGGUGAACCUGCAUAACCCGUCAUCCGUUUGAUUUCUAAUUUCUUUCCUCUACUGCCGACACCGGAAGCAACACUGAUUGUGCAAAGCGAAAACAAGUGCACAGAUUCACCAUGGGGAUCAAGGCUGCUCUCCCCAGAUAUGAGCUGUAUCUCUACUCUGCUGUACUCGCAGGCGCACUGAUAUGGGCUGGCAGUUGGAUAUUUGAAGCCUCAAGUGACAAUGUGAACAGAAAGGCGUUUAAAGCAAGCGUGAAGCCAGGAUGGCAUUACUUUGGCAGGAAAAUGGAUGUGGCGGACUUCGAGUGGGUGAUGUGGUUCUCUACAUUCCGCAAUCAUAUCCUUUUUGCUCUCACCGGUCAUGUGAUCUUUGCAAAGAUAUUUACCCUGCUAGCUCCAAAGCACAGAUCCUUGACCUUUGCCGUGUACGGAGGUCUCGCCGUCCUGGUCACCAUGGGCUGGACCUUCAUGGCUCUGGUUGUGUCCCACUGCAUCAUACUCUACAGUGUCGCCCUUGUUAAGAAGAAAUGGAUGUGCUUUGCUGCAGGUCUGAGCACGCUGGCCUCCAUCAAGCUGGAGCCGUAUAACUCCUGGCAGGAGGCUUUAGUGACUGGAUCUUUUGACCUGCAAGAUGUCCUGUUCUACGGAGGCUGUGGCUUCAGCAUCAUGCGCUGCAUGAGCUUCGCUUUGGAGAACUGUGACAGGAAAGAGGGAAACUAUUCCUUCUCUGACCUCCUGAAAUACAACUUCUACCUCCCGUUCUUCUUUUUUGGACCUAUUAUGACUUUCGACCGUUUUCAUGCCCAGGCUAAUAACACUCAGCUUACCCGCAAGGAGAGGGAGAUGUGGAAUAUCACCACCAAAGCCUUGGUACACCUGGGAAUUAUACUGGUGGUGGAUGUCUUCUUCCAUUACCUGUAUAUCUUGACAAUACCCAGCGACAUGAACUUGGUCAACAAGCUAUCUGACUGGUGUCUUGCGGGCCUGGCCUAUUCCAACCUGGUGUAUGACUGGAUAAAAGCAGCUGUAAUGUUUGGUGUUAUCAACACCGUGGCUACACUGGACCACCUGGACCCGCCUCAGCCUCCCAAAUGUAUCACCAUGCUCUAUGUCUUUGCUGAGACCCACUUUGACAGAGGCAUCAACGACUGGCUUUGCAAGUAUGUCUAUGACUACAUUGGUGAGAAUCAUGACAAGAUCUUUAAAGAACUUCUUGCAACCGUGUGUACUUUUGCCGUCACCACCUUGUGGCUGGGCCCAUGUGAGCUGGUUUACAUCUGGUCAUUUUUCAACUGCUUUGGCCUCAACUUUGAGCUUUGGGUGGCAAAGUUGUUCUCCAUUCCACCGUUUUCUAUGAUGGAGAAUGCUAUGGGUGAAGCUAUGUCUCGCAGGAUCAGGGGUGUCUUCAACGCUGCCAACUUCUGGGCUAUUGUACUCUACAAUGUUCUCUCCCUGAACAGUUUGGAGUUUGCCAAAUUGGUGGGCAGAAGGAUUAUUUUCAAAGGUUUCCCUCUGUCCACCCUGUCUGUGCUGCUGGUGACCUACUGUGGUGUUCAGCUGGUGAAGGAAAGAGAACGUCAGCAGGCCCUGCUGGAGGAUCCGGACCCAGUGAAGCCAGUGGAUGGUGGCAAAGAGAAAGCUGAAUAAUCAAACAGAAAACCAGGAUAUGCUUUCAUCGUCAGCCUCGCCAGCUGUAACAGAACCAGGCUGUUAAAGCCAUUCGGCAACUUUAAAGUUCAACAAGGCAAAGCUUUUGCUUGUCAGAAGCGAGCAUUGUUGACCAUCCUCAAGUGCACUUCCAGUAGAUAAUCGGCACAUACUUUGGCAAUAAAUCCCACAAUGACAUAUUUUGUAUCUAAAUCGUAUCUAAACAAAUGUUUAUUAUGUGGAUUACAGGUUUUAAAAACCAAACAAUUAAUAGAAGGAUAGACAAAUAUCCAUAUUUAAAUGAGCAGCUACUUUGCUCUGGUUGAACACUACCAUUUGAAUUACUUUCAUAUUUGAACAUUCUUGUUGUCUGCAGUAUAGUCCAUUUCUCAGGCCUAUUAUCACAACCCUUAAUCUCACUUAAGGGAAAAAGACUUGAAAGUAAAUGGCAAUAUGGAAAAACACAAAGGGUGCUGUGGAGAUCUUCCACAAAGUUUUCAGUUGACUGUACCGUGUCUAAUCUCCACUGUCCUAUAGGAAAAGCAAAGUUAUAGUAGAGAAUAGUGUUUUUGAUAGUGGCUAUGUGUUGGUUAUCUGAAUGUAACUUGUUCCUAUACAGUGUUCAAAGGGUCAAUGCCUUGUUUAACAUCACAGAUUUAUUUUAAUUUUAAUAAGAAAUUGCUGAUGAAUAUCAGUUUAUCUUCCUCCAGCCCAUCUUACACACUUCAGAUCCCCACUUUGCAAGGUACACAACAGACCGUACAGUGCAAAGGGUCAGUCUUUUAGUGCCUGUCGACAAAACCCGGCAGCAUGUCUUUGGUGCGGAAAGGGAACAGGGGUAACUUUAAAAAGAUUAGAAUGUAUUUUAUCAUUCAGGUUUUUCAUGCAAAUGGCUGUUUAUUUAUCUGUCUUAAAAUAAAGAUAUAUUUCACCCUG